CCGUUGGGGCAACGAAGCGAUGACAAGCGGGGUAAAGGCACAGGCGAGUGCUCCGAUGCCUCAUAUGGCGGAUACCCGAAGGGACGACGCCGGUGCCAACGCGGAGAAUCAUGACUCUCCUGCGAGGCAAUCGAUAGCCCAAUCCUUGGUUCGUUAAUUCGAUUAGGAAGAUGAAGGCUCCGCGCCGCGUCAGUGCAUCAAUUCUCAGCUUACCAUGAGAUCGUUGCUUGCAAAAUAUUGAGCACGAUGAACCCUACCUGUCUAUCGUGCCUCCGUUUUACGUGCCCCAAGUGUUUGCGCGCGAGACAGCGAUGAGGUCUACCGGGCAGUUGGUCUAAAAGAAUUCAGCUAUGGCUGAAGGUGGAACGGAGCCAAAGUCUAUCGACGGUCAGAUCUCGAGGGGUCAGUUAGAGAUAAACGAAUGCCUCGGUAACUGGUUGACGUACUUACAGACACUUAAUGGCCUAUGUACAGCUGGUACUAAACUGGCCCAGUCCCUGCAAGCGCUUCUCUCCGCGCACGACACAGUGGCGCAGUGCCGUCUGACAGGCCAAUGUCUGGCUGGGUGGGAAGAAUUGGCGAGGGCUACGCACAUAGCCAGCAGUACCGUUAAGAAUCAUGUGAUUACCGCCCUGAGAGAUCAUGAGUCUCGUGACAAUGACGGGGACAAGCAUGAUAUUCUCAGGGAAAAUCUCUUGACGUUCAUAAACUUGCAAUAUCAAUUCUGCAUUGCUUGUUGCGAGUGCUUGGGUGGCAUGGCGGAAUGCUCGUGUUCCCAGAGCGGCAGCGGCGAUUGCGACAUCGCCGCGCUUCAGCAAUGUUUCGAGCGUCUUUACAGCUCGCCGGUACCGCCAAUCUCCUCCUCGUCCAUCCAACAGUCCGCGCAGAAUUGUCGGAGGUCCCCCUUGCCGUAUUCGUUGUUCCCUCUGCAGGUUCAGAGGAGAUGGUCGGAAACGGCGGCGGCGGAAAUGUCGGGCGAGUCCGCCGAGAGCACGAUGAGACGUUGGUCGAUGCCCUGGGACUGCAAGCACGUUAUAGAGUGGCCGCGCCAGGACGCGAGGUCGCGAUUAAGGGUGCCCCAGCAGGAUCGCAGUAGAUCGACCACGCCUGACUCGGUGUGGAAAACGUCGAUGGCUAGUCAGGACGGUCUCCAGGAAGCCAUUCAGCUGUUGUCUUGCAAGCCAGGAGUUCGGCCGUCCAAUCAACUCUCGGCUUACACUAGUCAGCAUAUCCCGGGCGUCACUUUGACGACCUGCAAUUUCGACUCGAAUUACGACUCCGCUAUUUGGUCGGGGUCGCGUAGGAUAGGUUCACCUAGGUGCUGGCCUCAGGACUCCAGCGAUCAUUCCGAUCAAUCCGGGCAUCGCGAUAGCGAUCACAGUGUUCACAGCGAGCACAGGGACUCGGAACAGAGCGGCGCCAGCGGCAGUCACGGCGAUAGCAAGGACAGCAUUCACUCCCAUUGCGAUCAUAGAGAAACCGAGACCGGUACAGCGGACACACUGCCGUCUCGCAAGAGCAGCUCGUCGACCGACUCCUGCGUCUCGGCGCACAGCCGAUCGGGUUCGGAAAGCGCGGGUGGCGGGGAGUGCACGAGGUCGCAAUUGUACUCGAUGUGGAGCGGCGGCGAUCUGUCCUUCAUCAAGUUGCCGGAGAGCAACGAGGUACAAGAUGAACAUCCACCCACUUAAACAUCUGACACUUUUGCUUUGUAUCCAAAAUGUAUCCGGAAAAAUCUCAAUCUUUGGAUCACCGAAUCGUGAACGAAGAAGUGCUCUGCACUUUGAAAAGAUAAAAUGAACUCGGGAGACUCUCUCCCGAAAUCAUUUUUGACAAACACAGCCUUGCACAAGGGUGAUUUUACUUCAUAUUUUAUUUUUUAACUUGAGAAAAUCUUCUUUCUAGUUGUACCACACUUGGAAGAGAUUUUCUGUAUUUCAUGAUUCACGUGGCCCGGUGAUAUAAAAAUAAAUCGUCGCCACGGUAAGGCUUGUUGACCCGUGAAUUCACUUACAGGUGCGAUCAAUUUUAUUUGUGGUGUAUACAUGUUUGAUAUUUGUGAUGGCGCGAGUUAGUACGUGCAUAUUGAGUGUGCAACUAACGAUAGAAAAAUAUAUAAAGAACGUUAUACAGGCUGUCCACUUCGUAAUGUUUAACGUGGUAAAUCACGCGCGAUGGAGUUCGCAGAAAAGCGCCACUAUCGAUGAUUAAUUUCUACUAUUUAAGCAUAUAUUAUACAUAUAAUUUUGGAAAAGAGGAACGAAGGAAGAAAGUAUGGUCAUUUAUGGAAGAUUGGUCAUUCGAAUUAUUUACAUAUUGAAACAAAAGCCAGGGGAAAUGUUAGAAGACUCACCACAAAUUUGAGUGAAAAAAAUUACCAGUCAUUUCGUCUGCUUUGAUAGUUUUAAUAUUAAAAAAGCAUAUUCAAAAAUGUUUUUAUUAGUCCAAUGAGUGUUACGAAGUGUAGCUCCGUCUGCGUUAAAAGAAAUGGACGUUCUGUAUGUUGUUAAAACUCGUAUAUACAAAAAUGUACGCAAUGAUCCAAUUGUGGAGUAACGUUUCGCUCAUUCGCGGAAAUUACUCUUUGUUCUCUCGAUACCAAAGUGCACGCGCGUGCGAUUGUUAAUCCGCGUUCUGUCGCGCCGGACAACGCAAGCUUCGAGAGUGUCUUCGCACGCAUCUCGUUAAAUAUCACCCGAUCGAUUCCGAAGCAUAUCACAUUCCACUCGAAGAAACGGGCGCGUCUUACCCUAAUCGCUGCGUGCACGUCGACUGCCCUAGAGAUACGCAAUGCUACCGCUCGUAAAUUUUCGAACACUUCACACGUGUCCUAUAUUACAUAAACGUGCAAUAUAUCUGCGUGUUACAUAAAAAGAAAUCAAAUCAAAUAAAAUAAUCGUUAACCU